UAUAAUAAAGCAAAUACUCAAAGCGAAAUUAAAAUGGCCGACUCAGCACCAGCCCCAGCACCAGCAGCCGCUUCACCAGCAAAAGCGCCAAAAACCAAAGCUCCAAAAGCCAAGAAACCAGCAUCGAAACCAACCCAUGCACCAACCGCUACAUUGGUCAACGACGCAAUCAAAGCACUGAAAGAACGCGGUGGCUCAUCCUUGCAAGCAAUCAAAAAGUACAUCACCGUCAACAACAAGGUUGAUGCCGAAAAAUUGGCUCCAUUCAUCAAGAAGUACUUGAAGGGUGCCGUCGAAAAGGGAACAUUGGUUCAAACCAAAGGCAAAGGCGCCUCAGGUUCAUUCAAAUUGUCGGCCGCUGCUCUUAAACCAAAGGUCGAGAAGAAGAAGCUAGUGAAGAAGGCUGUCAAACCGGAGGAACCAAAGGCAGCAAAGAAACCAGCCGCCAAGAAAGAAGGAGCAAAGAAGAAGCCAGCAGCGAAGAAAGCCGCCGCAGGCACCGCUAAAGUAGCAAAGAAAGCCGGUACACCAAAAGUGAAAUCGGUCAAACCAAAGGUGAAGGCUCCAUCAAAAGCAAAAGCAGCUAAACCAUCGAAACCGGCUGCAGCAAAGAAGCCAAAGGCAACUAAGCCAAAAGCAGCCAAGAAACCAGCUGCAGCAAAGAAGCCAAAGGUGGCAAAAGCACCAAAAGCUUAAUUUGGUUUUAAUAACGAAAGCAAUUUCAAAAA